AUUCCCCUUUAGAUCUCAUACCAAUCAAAAUCAAAAUUAAAAAUAAAAUUAACAUCACCAUGUAUAUGGAAUAAGUAUAAACAUUAAUGAAAUGCCAGAGGCAAGAUACCUGUUGUUAAAUUACACCCUAUUCAUUAAUUUAAAACAUCUAAAUGAGAUAGUAUUACAAUGUAUAUGAAAUCUAUGUUUAUAUGUGUUAACGGGUCCAAUUCAUACCAGCCUUGAAUGAAAUAAAAAUGAAAGCAAUGUAUGUGAAAUGGUGGAAGAUCAUUCUCAUAGCGUCCAUGAUGCACCUUCUGUGGAUGAGAUUACGAUUGAUGUUAUCAGACAAUGAAUGUUCACCUGCCUACAGUGGUACACAAGAGGCAGAGCAAUUGAUGGACUCUUUAGCCCAUAACUUAAACCCUGCUAGUGAAAAUACAGGAAAAUCAGAGGCAACAUACGUCAUAGGAAUAUCCGUCAGCCAGCAACAUGGAGAUGAAUCCAUUAGGAAAACUCUCAGUUCACUAAUUGAAGGAUUGUCUGCAGAGGAACAAGCUGAAGUUAUCAUAAUUGUUGUAAUAGAUGGGCAAGCUAAAUUUGUUAAAACUUUACAUGAUGAUCUUGUAAUGACCUUUGAAGAUCCAAUAAAAUCCGGACUCCUAGAAAUUAAGCUGAUGCAGAAUAUCAUCAAUGGGAUUCAGCUUACAGGAGAUAUUAAGCAUAAAUCGAGAGAUAUCCUUCAAGAGAUAAUAAUGAUGACAUUUGCACAUACCAGAGGAAAAUAUUAUCUAAAACUCAGUGAUAAUGUACUGGCAUCCCGAAACUUUAUAGGAAACAUAUCAAAGUUUAUUUUUGAGGUCAAUACCAAUUUGUGGAUCAAUCUGAAAUUCUCAAGUGUUGGUCUAAUUGGUAACCUUUAUAAGACUCACGACUUGUCAUCAAUCAUAAAAAAUCUUGUUUCAACUCCCACUGUGCUCGUUGCUUCACUAGAGGGACUUUUACAGCACUAUACCGACAAACGACAUCCCCGUUGCCUAUCAGAGACUCCCUUGGGGUCUCAUUGUUUACAGGAACUGGGAUUUUCUUCAAUCUCACACUAUCCCGCCUUAUUCAACCCAAUUGAAACAUUGAAUGGUAAACUAAUAAAGACCGAACAUAACUUUCCAAUAGCGAAUGAAAAUUGGCCUUGGAUGAAUGUUCCUGUUUAUAUCAAUCCUCCAGCUGUGAUAAAGACCAGUAUGAGAGCCUAUAAGGAUCAUACCUUAGAAGCAACUUACAUAAACGCUGGAUAUUUCCAUGCCUUUCACCCACAACAAGGUGACUUUAUUGAAUUUAUAUUCAAAACACCAGUUAUUUUUGAGGAAUAUUUCCUCCGGUGUGAACAUUACAAAUAUCCUAGGGACAUUUUUAAACAGGAUACCUAUGUGGAUGUGCAACUGCCAUUACAUCUUAAUCAAGUCAAUAAAAAGACAAACUCAAUCAAUAAAAUGUUGCCCUUAAAAGACAAUUAUUUCCAAAUUGGGCAAUUUAACAGUCGUGGUAUUGCUGAGGGUUCUCUAGGUAGUCGUAUUGGGAAAAUUAAAGCUGUACGGAUUCGAGUAAUUACUAAACAUGACGUCAUGGUUGUGCUCAGAGAAAUUGUUUUUAAAAUUCAGUUAGUUCCUGACUCUGCUAGGCCAUGUUGUGAACCAUAUUGGCCAUCAUAACUCAUUAAUAUCAAUGUUUCCACUGUGUCACUGUGAAUCAUAUUGGCCUCACUCAAUUGUGUCAAUGCCAACCAUAUUGGCCUAAUACUCAAUAUUGUGUCAGUGUCAACCAUACUGGCCUUACUCAAUUGUGUCAGUGUCAACCAUAUUGGCCUUACUCAAUUGUGUCAGUGUCAACUAUUUUGGCCUUACUCAAUUGUGUGUGUCAACCAUACUGGCCUUACUCAAUAUUGUGUCAGCGUCAACCAUACUGGCCUUACUCAAUUGUGUCAGUGUCAACCAUAUUGGCCUUACUCAAUUGUGUCAGUCUCAACCAUAUUGGCCUUACUCAAUUGUGUCAGUCUCAACCAUAUUGGCCUUACUCAAUUGUGUCAGUGUCAACCAUACUGGCCUUCCUCAAUUGUGUCAGUGUCAACCAUAUUGGCCUUACUCAAUUGUGUCAGUGUCAACCAUACUGGCCUUACUCAAUUGUGUCAGUCUCAACCAUAUGUACCUUACUCAAUUGUGUCAGUGUCAAGCAUAUUGGCCUUACUCAAUUGUGUCAGUGUCAACAAUUUUGACCUUACUCAAUUGUGUGUGUCAACCAUACUGGCCUUACUCAAUAUUGUGUCAGCGUCAACCAUACUGGCCUUACUCAAUAUUGUGUCAGCGUCAACCAUACUGGCCUUACUUAAUCGUGUCAGUGUCAACCAUAUUGGCCUUACUCAAUUGUGUCAGUGUCAACCAUACUGGCCUUACUUAAUAUUGUGUCAAUGUCAACCAUAUUGGCCUUACUCAUUUGUGUCAGUGUCAACCAUAUUGGCCUUACUCAGUUGUGUUAGUGGAAACCUUAUUGGCCUUACUCAAUUGUGUCAGUCUCAACCAUAUUGGCCUUACUCAAUUGUGUCAGUGUAAACCUUAUUGGCCUUACUCAAUAUUGUGUCAUUGUCAACCAUAUUGGCCUUACUCAAUUUUGUCAGUGUCAACCAUAUUGGCCUUACUGAAUAGUGGCCUUUCCUUAUUCAUGUAAUGUGAACCACAAUGGCCCAACUCUUUUGCA